GGUUUCCGCACGGGACUAUUAUUGUGUGUGACGCAUUAAGGCUGCGCUGCUGUAACUACAUGCGAAUUAUGAUCAAUCGAAAACUUUCAAACAAUCGUCGAUUAUUGGAGAUUUCUCAUAUUUUUGGUUCUUAUUAGAUCAUGAAUUUCUUCCGCAACCGUCUGGUGGUUUUGGGGCUGGUUUUACUGGCCACUGUGCUGCUGUAUCUGCUGCUACCCGCCAUGCGGCAGGGGAGUAUGGAGCCGUCUUUGGAGGUACAGCAGCGGAUGGGUUUGAUCGCGGCUUCUCCGCCUCCACCGCCGCCGUCUAGCAUCAACAUAACGGUGAGGACCGGACAGCUGCCCGGGGACCCGCCGCUCUUCUUCAGGGAAGCUCUGCCCGUGGACAGCGCUGGUAGACAGAUACUGCCCAGGCUUCAGAUGGUGCUGCUUCAUGGCCAGGCCUUCACCUCUAAAUCCUGGGAGGAAUUGGGCACCCUCGGCCUGCUGGCUACCAACGGGUAUCAAGCCCUGGCACUUGAUCUGCCCGGUUUUGGGAAUUCUCCAGACUCUGAGUCGGUCAAGUCGGAUCAGAGCCGCGUGGAUCUUCUGAAGCGGUUUCUGGAAGCUCUGGGCGUCAGAGCUCCAGUUUUGCUGAGUCCGUCCAUGAGCGGUCAUUAUGCCAUGCCGUUCCUGCAGAGACACAGUGCCCAGCUGCAUGGCUUUGUGCCCAUCGCCCCUGUGGGUACCCGCGGCAUCACCCCACAGCAGUACCGGGACAUUCAGACUCCAACGCUGAUCAUAUAUGGUGAAUUGGACACCAAUCUUGGUGCCCAGUCUCAGAAGAACCUGAUUCAGCUGCCCCAUCACACCGUGGUGAAGCUGGAGGGAGCUCGACACGCCUGUUACAUGGACAAACCUCGCGAGUUCCACCGCGCCCUGCUCGACUUCCUCAGCAAACUCGACUGAGUGAGGAGCAAGAGUGAAAGUAUACGAAGAAUGUGUGCAAAAACCUUUGAGAGACUACAGAAGAAAAAGAAAGAGAAAAGAAAUGAAUUAGAAAAAUAGAAACAGAACUGUUACGUAGCUGAGGUAUAAAAGCAGACCUGAACCCUGUAGCCAAAACACCAUUUUGCAGAUUGAUCAAACAUUUUAUUAGCCAUCCACAUCAACUCACGAGUAUUAUUUCACUUUUGGCAGCAUUAAGAUAAAACAUUACAAUUACAGUUUAUAACAAGCCAAACCUUAGCAGGCUUACAGGGGGUUGUUCCUGUAACAUUGCCCUGGUUUCCAGUCUGAGGGUUGAUCUUGUUUUGGAAAAGGCCACUAAAUGCUUAGUCACCUUUUCAACUGUCAUAGCCCUCCAUCUCUACAAGGUUGCCAUGGUUUCCUGUCUGAGAUUUCUUUCCCUGUAACUGAGGGUUGUUCCAUUAUGCUGUUGCCAUGGUUUACUAUCAGAAGGUUUUCCCUAUGAUGGUGUUGCCAUGGUUUCUGGUCUGAAGAUUUUUGAUGUAAUGGUGUUGCCAUGGUUUCUGAUCUGAGGGUUGUUCCUGGAACACAGUGAUACCAUGGUUUAUAUCUGAGGGUUGUUUUGUAAUGAUGUUGCCAGGGUUUCUGGUCUGAAGGUGUUUGCUGUAAUGGUGUUGCCAUGGUUUCUGAUCUGAUGGUUGUUCCUUUAACACAAUCUUUCCAUGGUUUUAUGUCUGAGGGUUUGUAUCUGUAAUGUUGUUGCCGUGGUUUCCAGUCUGAGAGUUGCUCCUGGAAAACAAUGUUACCAUGGUUUUAUAUCUAAGGGUUGUUUUCUAAUGAUGUUGCCAUGGUUCCUGGUCUGAAGGUGUUGCCAUGGUUUCUUAUCUGAGGGUUGUUUUGUAAUGGUGUUGUCAUGGUUACUGAUCUGAGGUUUGUUCCUUUAACACAAUCUUUCCAUAAUUUUAGGUCUUUUAGAGUUUGAGUCUGAAAUGUUGUUACCAUGGUUUCCUGUCUGAGUGUUGUACCUGUAACUUUGGUGCCAUUGUUUUCUAUCUGAGGGUUGUUCCAUUAUUCUGUUGCUAUGGUUUUAUGUCUGAGGGUUUGGAUCUGUAAUGUUGUUGCCAUGGUUUCCAGUCUGAGGGUUGUUCCUUUAUUCUCUUCAACUCUGAAGCACUUUUGGGCGGUCACCAGCAAUUUUUCACACUCCGAUUUAAAAGCUCACCAUUUACACAUACUGUGGACUAACUGCCAAAAAGUGGUCUAAUUUUUUCAGAAACCCCCCCAAAUAUUUGUUGUUGUCCUAACAUGUUAUUCUGGUUCUGCUGACACCAUCUCCCUCAAAAAAGUAUUAUUUUAUUUCACUAGAUGGCAGGAAGUCACAAUAUGCCAAUCUGAAAUGUAGGUGGCGCUCUAACACAUUUUAGCCCUCACAGAUGUGCUCGUCCAUAGACAUUGAGUCUAAUUUUCAGUUUAUGCAUCUCCCCCAUUAUUAUAUCAAAUACUUUAGCUUCGGAGUAGACUAGAAGCUCAAUCACAAGCUAAUAUAACGUAUAUUUCUGAUGAUUUGUUUAGCAUGCUUUUCCUGCGGGAAUGCAUAUUUUGUCCUGAACAUCUAAGAUAUAACAUUGGAUUAUUCACAAGCAAGCUCACAGACAAGAAAACAAUGGCUAAGAACUUCCUACGGUAACGUUUAUAGCUAUUUGGGGCUUACAGCAUCAGUUAUCGAAGCAUAAACAACAUGUUUUUAUUUGAUGACUUACAAAAAUCAUAUUUCACUGUGAUUCUUUUGAAAAUAUUUUAAACUGUGGUAUUAGUGCAACAAAAUAAACAGUAUAUAUACAGUCACGUGAGAAUGAGCUUUCAUUUGAUAUAUGAUUUGUCUAUUUAAGUGCUAUUUUAAAAACUUUUAUAUUAAUAUUUCUACCACAUAACCACUAGGUGGCGCUUAAUUGUGACGCGAAUUUUGGUAUUUUAAGUAACAUAAAUGCAGAACCGAAAGAAACUUCCGAUUCCAAGCUUUCAAACGAUACCACAUACACCUGAUUUAUGUAUUCGAAGACUUUUUUUACUUUUUUUUGCGAUAUAGCACCCCCUUUUGGACCUGUGUGUCCACCGAGUUGAAGAGGUUAACACAAUCUUUCCAUGGUUUUAUAUCUGAGAGUUCGAGUUGGAAAUGUUGUUGCCAUGGUUUCCUGAGUGUUGUACCUGUAACUUUGGUGCCGUUGAUUUCACAAUUAAUUUGCUGGCGAGACUAAAUUAAGCAGUUUCACGAAUAGCGCAAUGAUAUUAAUGCACUUUUUUUUUGGCCAUUAUGUUUCCUAAAGAGCGCAUCAUUAGACUAAUUUAAUUUGCAAUCUACUUAAUUAAUUUCACUUGUGUCAUUUCUGAGCAAAUCCACAAUUAUCGAGAUGAACAUCGUCGAUAGGCUGAACGAUAUUGUAGUCACUUAACGGACAAAACAUGAUCAUGGCUAUUACAACCCCCUUAUAUCCAUUGGAUUGCCGUGUGUCUGGAGUCUGCAAUGCUACAGGAACCUCUCCGAGACUGUGGGGAAAAUGGCACUCGCAUUGUUUGACAUAGAUUCAGUAAGACAUCUUACUGUGUUUGAGGGAAGUCCAAAGUUUUCACACCAGCAGCUGGCACACAUUUUACCACUGAAUGUAGCAUGUGUAUACUGGGUUUGUGGUUUUAACAGCUCAAACAUGGAGACAAGUUACGAAAAAGAAAAACAGAUCUGCGGUCAUGAUAUCAUCGAAUUCACUGGAAUUAUUAUUAUAACACAUGAAAAUGUAGGUGCCUAAUUGUUUCAUUGGUUGUUCAUUACAUAUUUAUUUAUUGCAUCAAAGCUUAAACAUGACAGAACCUGUAUUGUGUGUGUGUGUGUGUGUGUGUGUGUGUGUGUGUGUGUGUGUGUGGUAUUGAUGUGCUGUUUGUUUAUAGCUUGUAAAUAUGAAUAUGUUGUAAAGAACUGUGAGACGCCUAUGAGCUGUCAAUAUUUCUAAAUCUUCAUCCUGAUUCUUCAUUGAGACUGAAUUCCUUUGUGCAUGGAGCAGCAGAACUGUGGGACAUGCUUUUGUUCAUUGCAAAAUAAAAUCAGUUCUUAUGAAUCCUUUUGCAUUUGUGGUUAUCGUUUCUAGUGCUCCUCUAUAACUUGACAUGAAAAUAGGCAGUAUAAUGUGCUUAACUCUGGCAA